ACGUGCGCUUCGCUGCCUCCAGUUUACAGCUUUUUUUUUUUUUCAUUCCACCGUCAUCCUCGCGCUCCAGCAUCCCUCCCUGACAGCAGCAGCAUCGAUGGCGGAGCCCGUAGCAUCGGAUGCGGCGUCCAAAGCGGACGUAGCAGCAGCAUCACCGACACCGGGCCUCUCUCCCGUAGCCAGCCCGGGCUCUGAGCCUCAUUCCAUGGCUCUCUCUCCCACCGCGGACGGCUCACAGCGGCUGCUCUUCUCCCACGACCUGGUCUCCGGACGGUAUCGCGGCUCAGUCCGGUUUGGCCUCGUACGGAUGAUCCACGGCGAGGAGGAUUUUAACUCAGACUCGGACCUCGAUGAUGGCGGAGGGAGAGGCGGAGAUGGAGGCGGCGGCGGCGGCGGAGGAGGUGGCGGACGAGUGCCGUGUGGUUCGGAUACUGAGAGCGCCGUGGACACCCCAAGUCGGCCUCUCGGGAGGGGAUUUGUCCGCGUCCAGUGGUACCCCGAAGGUGCAAAGCAGGACAUCAGGGAGACAAAGUUAAAACUUGAAGAUCGAUCGAUCGUCAUUAGAGACAUCGUGCGAAGAAAUAACUCUAAUGACAACCAGUGUGGUAUUGUGACCAACAUUGACAUUGAGUGUGCAGUGAAAUUGGUAGGAACAAACUGUGUACUCUAUCCAGUCAACAGCAAAGACCUCCAGCACAUCUGGUCUUUCAUGUAUGGCGACUACAUUGCUUAUGACUUCUGGCUGGGGAAAGUGUACGACCUGACCAAUCAUAUCAUCCUCAAGCUGUCCAAUGGAGCCAGGUGCUCCAUGAGCGUGGAAGACGGUGCCAAGCUUUAUGAUGUCUGUCCACAUGUCAGUGAUUCGGGUCUGUUCUUUGAUGAGGCGUACGGCUUUUACCCAGGACAGGUCCUGAUUGGUCCCGCCAAAGUUUUCUCCAAUGUACAGUGGCUGUCAGGGGUCAAACCUGUCCUCAGCAGGAAGUGCAAGUUCAGGGUGGUGGUAGAAGAGGUGAAGGUGGUGGAGCUGAAAGUGACGUGGAUCACCAAGAGCUACUCGCCCAAAGGUUCUGACAGUGUUUAUCCACCUCCCUCCACCAUCACACAGGAAAACCUCUGCAGGGUGAGGCGUCUGGGCUACUAUGACCACACCCAGAGGCAGCUCGGAGAGAGGGCCCUCUACAUAUUCCCAGCCAAAGGGGAUGCCACACGCAUCACCUGUGAUGGACCUGAGGGUGCCCCUGUUCUGCCUGAAGACCCCGUUGCCAGAAAGUUGAAAAGGAUGUUCAAGAAGGAUUCUGGGAAGAAGACAGAGAAUGCCGACUUACAAGGCGAGCACAGAUUCGAACAGACCGACUCGAAUCAUCCCAACAACAACAACGGCCCCGUGGCUCCCGUCCAGAAUGCCCCGGACGCGCAGAGCACCAACGACGCCUCGGCUGAACAUGGCGAGCAGGACGCUGACGACGAGGCUGCAGAAGACACCGACGACACCAGCUCUCUAACGUCAUCGGCGAGCUCCACAGCCUCCUCUCAGAGCGGCGGCCUGGGAACCAACCGCAAGAAGAGCAUCCCGCUCUCCAUCCGCAACCUGAAGAGGAAGCACAAGAAGAAAAGGACCAAGUUCUCCCGUGAAUUUAAGCCUGGAGACCGGGUGGCAGUUGAAGUUGUAUCCACGAAGACCACGGCUGAUGUUAUGUGGAAGGACGGCCGGGUGGAGAAGGGGAUCCGAUCAAACGACCUCAUCCCCAUCCAGCACCUUGACAGCCAUGAGUUUUGUCCUGGGGACUUUGUAGUAGACAAACGACCCCAAGCCCUGCAGGACCCAGGAGUGUACGGUGUGAUCCAGUCCGGCGAUCACAAAGGUAGAACCUGUGUGGUGAAGUGGAUCAAACUCAAUUCCACCAGUGACGAUGUGGAGGUUAUCGGUGUGGAGGAGGAUGUCAGUGUUUAUGACAUCGCAGAUCAUCCAGAUUUUCACUUCCGCACUACUGAUAUCGUCAUCAGAAUAUGGAACUCAGAGAACGGACAGAACGACUGUGAAAAUGAGACGUCAGUUGGACAGGUGUACAGGGUGGACGUGAGCAGCAAGGUAGAGGUGGUGUGGGCAGACAACUCAAGGACCAUUGUCUUACCACAGCACCUCUACAAUGUGGAAUCUGAGAUUGAGGAGACGGAUUACGACUCGGUGGAAGAAACCAGCAGCGUUCUGUCGACUGAGGAGUGGGAGGAUGAGAGCGACAGCUGGGAGACUGAUAACGGUCUGACCCCAGAGGACGACAGCCACAUCAACAACGCGGAUGCCACAGACACGGCGACACCGACCCCCACGCCCACUGGCUCCACGACGUUCAUCAUCCCACCACAGGAGGGCAGUAAAGCUGGGGUCCCCAGCCCCACCAAAGGAGUCUCAGGAGAGGAGGGAGAAGCAUCUGUGGCUGUGGCAAGUCCUGCUUCUGGAGGAGGAGGAGCAGUGAACGGAGCAGAGAAACCCAAUAAGGAUGGAGCCUCUCGGGGCUUCAGGGAGUUGAAAGAGGCCCUGAAGAUCCUAGAGAGCCUAAAGAACAUGACCGUGGAGCAGCUCUGGACAGGCGGCUCCCCGACCUCCCCAACCUCUGCUGAACCCGCUUCCACGACUAAUGUGGCGAGUUCGGUGACGCCGACAGCCCCUGAAAAACCGACCAAGGAGAAACGCUUCCUGGACGACAUCAAAAAGCUCCAGGAGAACCUGAGGAAGACGCUGGACAAUGUGGCCAUCGUGGAGGAGGAGAAGAUGGAAGCUGUGGUGGAGGCAGUGGGGAGUGCGGGUGCAGGGACGGAGGUAGGUGUUAAAGAGGCAGAGAGAUCCGGAGAUGAAAAGCCCCAGCAGGAGGCGCAGACACCCGUGGGUCAGCAGGAGUGGCCCAGUGAGAUUCUUAGUGACACACCAGUACUGUGCCAACAGAGCGGAGGCAAACCUGGCGUGACCUUUACCAGUGCAAAGGGGGAGGUGUUCUCAGUGCUAGAGUGGGCACCAGAAACUCACUCAUUUAAGAAAAUGGAGUUCCAGCCAGCGGAGGCAAAGAAGUUCUUCAGCACAGUGAGGAAGGAAAUGGCUCUGUUAGCGACAUCGCUGCCUGAUGGAAUCAUGGUCAAAACCUUUGAAGACCGCAUGGACCUGUUCUCGGCUCUGAUCAAAGGACCGACUCGUACGCCCUACGAGGAUGGUCUGUUCCUGUUUGACAUCCAGCUGCCUAACAUCUACCCAGCUGUGCCGCCUCUGUUUCGAUACCUGUCUCAGUGCAGCGGCCGCCUCAAUCCCAACCUCUAUGACAAUGGAAAGGUCUGCGUCAGUCUGCUGGGCACCUGGAUAGGCAAGGGCACUGAGAGAUGGACCAGCAAGUCCAGCCUGCUACAAGUCCUUAUCUCCAUACAAGGCCUUAUCCUCGUCAAUGAGCCUUACUAUAACGAGGCCGGCUUCGACAGUGACCGAGGCCUCCAGGAAGGAUACGAGAACAGUCGCUGCUAUAAUGAGAUGGCGCUUAUCAAGAUGGUGCAGUCUAUGACACAGCUCCUCCAGAAUCCCAUUGAGGUCUUCAAGCAGGAGAUCCAGGAGCACUUUGUUUCUAAUGGCUGGCGGCUCAUCCACCGUCUGGAGUCGUGGCUUGAGCUGCAUGACGCUGCUGAGAGAGGGCCGGCCUCACACCCAUACGCCAGGGUUCAGCACUCGAAGGACCGACCUCCAUCUGUGGAGCCUCUGGAUGAGCAGCUGGCCCUGGGAUCGGGGCCUGUGGCGGUGGCCCACAGCAGCCCCGGUAAGCCGGUGGAGGAGGGAUACACAGGAGCAGGCGUCACCAGUAUUAUGGAGGAAGAGCUAGAGGAUUCAGGGCUGAGUUCCUACACUACAGCAGCCUCUCAGCAUGAGCUGAGCCACAACUCAGACUGCGACAGCAACCUGGGGAACAUUUCUCUGGGUGGUGAAAACAGGGGUGGCUCUACAGUCCCCGGUUCUGUAAUCCGCAGUGGGACAUCAGAAUCUGGUUCUGCCACAGCGAAUGCAGGAGGGGUGGGCUCCUCAGGGAGCCAGCCAGUGGUGAGACCAAAGAAAAGGAGAAAGAGCUACCGAAGUUUCCUCCCAGAGGGCAGUGGCUACCCUGAUAUCGGCUUUCCGCUUUUCCCGCUUUCAAAGGGAUUUGUGAAGAGCGUUCGAGGCGUGCUGCAGCAGUACCGAGCUGCGCUGACAGCCGCUGGCAUCCCCGAGCACACAGAGGACAAUGUUCCUGCAGAUGAGUGUGAAGCAUAGAGUGGUGGACCUCACACACACUCACCCACCUGCACACACACCUGUGGGAGCUGCCUCAUCAUUUACACACUGUCAUCUUUUCAUGGACGCAGGUAAAAAAAAAAGAAAAAAAAAAGUGCUGCCGGUAAGGACUGUGGUGGUGGUGGUGUGGAUGCAAGAAAAAAAAGGACGAAAAAUCAGUGCCAUGUACUCGCCUCCACCCCUCUCAUAAUCCCACUAGCCUCCAGCAUUCUCCACCUUAUUGGGUGGGGAUUUGCCGGAUGUCACUCUGCCGUCUGUAGUAAAGCAGACUCGUGAUCGUCGAUGGCUGGGUAUCACUGGAAAAACUGCAAAGCCCAGCUCCCUCAGCGUUGGGUCGACUGCGGCUAUCUGUAGCACUACUGAUGUUAUCACUGUACCAUCCUGCACUACAACAAACGAACGAAAGGACAAUCAAGUUUGGGAGAGAUGACACAUAAAAACCACUGACCUGGAGGACUCCCCCCCCCUUCAUUGGUUGUACGCUUUCUGCCAAAUUCUCUCUGUUCAUACACACAAAUCUUCACAGUAGAACAGACUGAAUGUCAGUAAAACUGCCAACCACAGACAGCUUCACCACUUCUACCACUACACACUCACUGGUAUCUUCCUUCGCUAAUCACCGGACCAUACAGCGAACAUCAAGUGGCAAAGUUUACAUACGAAUCACCUCCUUUGUAGCUGUUUGGUGUGCGUAGAGGAGCCUGCCAGGCUCGGGAGGACAUUUAGGUGGGUGUAUGUGACGCCGUUUAGUCAAAGCUUAACGCAGCUGUCGCCUCUACAUAAAAAAAACUGACUCUCUGUAGGAUUUGUUGAAGCAGUUGGAACUUUGCUCUUUUGAUCCAUUUCAGGUUGUUUUACUCACUGAACUGUAGGCUACUGAGUGGAGCUUUUUACCCACAAAUUCAACCCACAGCACUGCAAAUGACACAACUCAAAGAAUAAAGGGUAAAAAAAAAAAAAAAAAAAAAAAACCACAAACAAAACAUACAGCAUCCAUUCCGCCAUCUCA